ACCAGGUCCCUCGACAUAACGGCCCCAUCCGCAAGCAUCCGCAGGCAGGCAGCCAGCCACCCCAGAAACCAUCACGGCCAUAAGCGAGUGAAAGCACAGACAAUACGUCAGAUGGUAUUUAAAAAAAAACGCCCUGUCCAUAUUUCACACACCGGAAAGAGUGAGAAAGUGAGCCAGUCGGGACAGAACUGUACCGAUUGCACCGAACCUUUCAGAAGACUCGGCGUGUGUGCCGGGAUGCCGAAACGAGUGCGAACUACUACUAUAGGUGUUAAUUGGAUGAUUUUGGGCACAUGGGUAACUAAGUCAACGUACUGCGCCACGGCUUUGAGUCGCAGGAGAAUUCUCCGAGACAGACGGGGAGAAAGGUAG